CCACAUCAUCUGUCGAAGGCUGUGAUUCUUCCCCUCCCUGAAAACGCAAGCAGGCAGCCUGUCUCUCUAGAUCUCAAAAGCUGAGAGGAUGGCCAACCGUGCUGUUAUUCUUGCCGUCUACAUCAUCACCUUCCUGAUUGGCCUCCCAGCCAACCUCCUGUCCCUCUACACAUUCCUGAUGAAAGGGCGCAAGGAGCCAGUCCCCAUAGACACCCUCUUGCUCAACUUGGCUUUGUCUGACUUCAUAUUUCUGGUCUUCCUGCCCUUCAAAAUGUCAGAGGCUGCCCAAACGAUUGAUUGGCCCUUCCCCGAGGUCUUCUGCGACAUCAGCACCUGCAUCUUCCUCAGCAGCAUCUACGCCAGUGUCCUUUUUCUCACAGCAAUCAGCGUGAACCGCUUCCUGAGUGUUGCAUUUCCCAUCAAGUACAAGAUGAAGCGCAAGCCAGCCUAUGCAGUGGUGGCCAGCGUCUUCAUCUGGUUGCUGGUCUUUUCUCACUGCAGCACCAUCUUUGUCAUCAGGUCCAUGAACACUAAUACGAAUGAGACAUUUCAGCUUCCUUCUAAUCGUGUGGUGUGCUAUAAGGAGUUCAAUGAGAAGCAGAAAAAGAUCGUCUACCCCUUCCAGCUGGAACUCUGUCUUGCCCUUUUCUGCCUCCCUUUCAUCAUUGCCGUUUUCUGUUACAUCAAAGUGUUCCGCAUCUUGGCCUCCCUGUCCAAUGUCCAAGCCCGGAGGAAGCAACACUGCAUGGGGCUGGCCCUGGUUACUUUUCUGAUCUUUGCCAUUUGCUAUGGCCCCUUUAAUGUCUCCCACAUUUUUGGAGCCAUAAACUAUGCAGACGUUGAAUGGAGAGAUUAUAGCCUUGCCCUCAGCUCCUUCAGUGUCUGCCUGGAUCCUUUUGUCUUCUUUUUCUCUUCCAACCCUAUACGGAAAAACGCUGGCAUCUGGUACCGCAGACUCCAGCGCAUUAUACUGCAGUGUUCUGUGCCCUGCAACAAGGAUUACAAAGAAGGAGCUGUCAGUUUAUCUCCUUCAAAUGGAUUGGCAGAGACUGGUGUGGCCACUGAAUCCUCCUUUGGCCAUGCAGCGAAGGAGAGAGAACAGUAAAAACCUCACUGCUCUUUCUUCUACUCUGCACACUAUUUCUAAACAGGGCUUCUGUAAAUUCACCCCUUACCUUUGUGGCAGGAGGGAGGAUCUACCAUAGUGAUCUCUUUGCACAUGUGCAAAAAGCACACAUGCUCUCAGCAGGCCCAAUGACAUCACUUCUGAAAGUGAAGUUAUCACUCCCGGUGGUGGGCAUGCUCCUGCACUUCAGUUUGGGCCCCUGUGAAGCGCAGGAGUGUGCCGACAACCGGGACUGAUGAUGUCACUUCCUCAAGUGAUGAAGGAAGUGACAUUGUUGCACCUGGCAGGAGUGCACCUGCUGCACACUAGCCUAGGAGAUUUUUUGCCUCCUGGGCCCCUUCUCUGGGCCUUUUCUCCCUGCCAGCCAAGUGAGUGGUGGUGAGAGCCAGAGGCUGGGAGUGGGGGUCCUAUUACCCACAUUUUGGAUUUGGAGUUGUGAACUCAAAAUGAUGUGUUGAAUAUGACAUUUCUAUAUUAACAUUUGAAUCUUGUAUACAUCUCUUGAUUAGUUUGUUUUUACAGGCAUAGAAUAUAAGGGCCAAGCUACACAUGACGAAUGACACUUGAACAGCAAGUGGAUUGAGUGGAGGGCAAGUGAACAGGGAGAAAUACACUUGCUGUUCAAGUGUCAUUCGUCAUGUGUAGCUUGGCCCUAAGAUUACAGAGGCCCCAUGCUUCCUGCAGAGGAUCUGUCUCACAUUGAUGGUUUUCCAGGGAACUUCCUUCAAGUUGCAGACAGGUCUGGAAUGUGUUUAGGGUCCUAUGGAGUACUCAACAAACAAAUCAUGAAAACUUACUAUGAAACAACUUAGCUACAAUUAAUAACCAUUCAACAAGAUAAUUGUAUCAGAACAAUGGAUAUCACUGGUUUGUAUUUCAUUAAUGUUUAGAAUAAAGUUCCCUACAACUUCA